AUGCAAAGUACAACAGCAGGAGAAUCAUCUAAUGUCUUUGUUGCGAGUGAUCAUUCAAUAGCUAAAGAUAAAGUAAUCACACUUGCACGUGAAAUGAAUUUUGAUGCAUUCAAUGCCGGUUCAAUUCGUGUAGCACGUCAUCUAGAAACUGAUAUCAAAUCUCUCUUUCCUCAAUGGCGAAUUCCUAUCAUUGUUACAUUUGUCGUUCUAAUCGUCUGGCUUGCUUACACACUUUACAUGAAUUAUAUUCGUAUACGUACAACUUCAUGGAAUCAACUAUUUUUACACAUGGUCAAUGAAAUAUGA